AUGACUAUUGAUAAUAUCAAUAAUCGUCAUGUAACUGGGAAACAUCUCAGAGAAGAUGAAAUGGAAACAACAGUUGAUGUAACUCCACUGAAGCAGGUAGAAAAGCUUCCUUCAAUCGUUGAUGCUGAGCUGACAACUAGCGAUAAAUUCCAAAAAACUAAUACUAAAAAAGCAGGAAAGGUAAAUAGUUUAGAUUAUUCUGAUACAAUUUCUACAUCAGACCACAGGAAGGCAAAAACAUUUGAUGUCUCGUUUGACGAGUACGUUAGCUCAGGCAGGGUAAACAUACAAGACAAAAGUGAUAAUAUAGCUGAGUCAAGCGAAGAUCUUGAGGACGAGAACAAUGAAGAGAUAAAAUUUAAUCUUGAUGACAUCUCAAGAGAAUUACAGUGUGAACCAGCGAUUAAAGGAGUACAAACUUAUUCUGAACCGUGCUAUACCAGGGUCAAGAAAAAGGCUGAUCUUUCUUGUGUAGUUGACGAUAUUACCAUACUCAACUCAGAAAUUAAACCAUUAAAAUGUAUUACACUCCAGCAGAAAAAAGUCACUGUGAAGACACAAUUACGAGCCCGCAAAUCAAUUAAUAUGCAACUACAAAGAAAAGGUGGUCCAGCUGAAGCCAGUAUAUUUUUGAAUAUGGGCGAAUGGAUGAAAACGUUUUUCAUGGAUUUAAAGUAUAACAGAUUAUACCAUUCUUGGUUGUUCUAUAGAAUAAAGCUGGUGAUCGAAAAGGCUUCAAUCCCAUUAGCGGAAUUUGCAAUUAGCCAUAUUAUCGCUUUGAAA